AUGGACCAGCCACUCAAUCUCAGGCAGCUUAUCGACAAACCAGCAUGCCCUGCACUGUUUCCUUUCACACUACGUCAUGUAUGUCUCACCGGUAUCGUUCUUUCUGCUCCUGUGAUGGAUGCUCUUAUGACCCUUACCAAUCUUCGCCAUUUGGAGUUGAUGGGUAGUGUCAUCGAUACACAGCUAGCAGCUAGAUACAUCGAUAGACUUGCUGAAAUGCCAAAUUUGGACGAACUUAGCGUGCCGCCAUCGAUGUUCUCCUUCUCAGUCAAAGAUGAGACCAAUCCGCCUCCAAAUAUGAGGAAACUCCAUCUAUCGAAAAUUUCCAUCUAUAUGGAUUGCUUCGAAGAAAACACGUUCUUUGAUGCCUUGGAGACAAUUAUGCCAAAAAAGCUGGAAUCUCUUACUUUAUAUGGAAAUUACUACCAGCUUAAAAGAUCGAAGAAGUACGCGCAAUGGCGAAAAUUUGAUAUAUUAUUUGGCUCCAUGACACCACAAGUACGCACACCGUGGUGGUUGAAAGAUGAUAGUAUACUUAUGUCACAUCUUGUGCGCUGCCAGCCAUAUAAAAUCUCUGAUGAUUUUCGACCCGUGAGGAGUACGGCUACAUCAUGGCGUUUCGACCAAAACACUUUGGAAAACGAGGAAACAAGGGUGGAAAGACAGCCAACCAUAAAUCGUUUCUUGCGCUUUGUAAGACCAGAAAAUGCUCCGCUGGCAAUUGCUCCAGCUCCAAGAGUAUUGCCCGAGGUAGGUCAAGUGCAUCAUUACACCCUUAUGCGUCCAACGUCGCAAAGGUUUGACAGCACUCUGAAAUAUUUCCGGAAAUUUUUGAGAAUAUAA